AUGUGUAUAAGAGACAGCGCGUACAUUCUCCAAUGCAUCCCGGAAGACGUGCUUCUACAAAUCGCGAAGAAGAAGACCGCAAAGGAAAUAUGGGAUAGUCUCAAGACGAGGUACUUGGGCAGCGAGCGGGUGAAGAUGGCACAAGUUCAAACCUUCAAGAGUGAGUUUGAUGUUCUUCGGAUGAAGGAGACCGAGACAAUCGAUGAGUUCGCAGGAAAAAUCAGCGGAUUAGCAAGCAAGUUCUCCACCCUCGGUGUUGCACUUGAGGAUUCAUCACUGGUCAAGAAGCUCCUGGACUCUGUCCCCGACAAAUAUUUUCCCGUCGUCGCCGGAAUCGAGAAAUUCCUAGAUCUCGAAACCAUGCCGUUUGAAGAGUGGAAAGCAAGACAGAAAGGGAGUAGCGGUGAAAACUCUUUGGUGAACAAAGGGCGUGGAUCCGGUGGUACCGAUCACGGAAGAUGGCAAGGACGAGGACGAGGUCGUGGUCAUGGCGCGGAGUGUCAAAAUAGUGCGGGAGGCACUAGCAACACCGGAAAUGGCACUCGUGACAAAAGUCACAUAAAGUGCUUCACUUGCAACAAGAUGGGACAUUACGCGUCGGAGUGCCGCGGAAAAGGUCGUGACGACGAAGCUCAUCUAACUUGCGCCACCGAUGAAGAACCAGAUUUGAGGAUGGCCGUGUCCCAGGAGGGGACACGCACUAGACGCGAUCAGGAGGAUGCCGUACUACUCAGCAAAGAGCGGUUGUUGCCGAAGAUGCAUCGCAACGACAAGAAUGGAGAAAAUAAUGACGUUUGGUACCUUGACAACGGUGCUAGCAACCACAUGAUUGACAUCAUGAGAAGUUCCAAGAAUUGGAUGAAAGCGUCAUCGAGAGGGUGA